GCCUGAGCGAGGCAAGAUGAGGGUCCACAAGAUCAACAACGUCAACAAAGCCCUGGAUUUCAUCGCCAGCAAGGGAGUCAAACUGGUGUCGAUUGGAGCCGAAGAAAUCGUGGAUGGAAAUGCCAAGAUGACCCUGGGAAUGAUCUGGACCAUCAUCCUCCGCUUCGCCAUCCAGGACAUCUCUGUAGAAGAGACCUCUGCUAAGGAAGGUCUUCUUCUGUGGUGCCAGAGGAAGACCGCCCCCUACAAGAACGUCAACGUGCAGAACUUCCACAUCAGUUGGAAGGACGGCCUCGCCUUCAACGCCCUGAUCCACAGACACAGACCUGAACUCAUCGACUACGACAAACUCAGAAAGGACGACGCUGUGACUAAUCUGAACAACGCCUUCGAAGUGGCCGAGAAAUACCUGGACAUCCCUAAGAUGUUGGACGCAGAAGACAUUGUCAACACGGCUCGUCCGGAUGAGAAAGCCAUAAUGACUUAUGUGUCCAGUUUCUACCAUGCAUUCUCUGGAGCGCAGAAGGCCGAGACAGCUGCCAAUCGUAUCUGCAAAGUCCUGGCGGUCAACCAAGAGAAUGAGCACCUGAUGGAGGACUACGAGAAGCUGGCCAGCGAUCUCCUGGAGUGGAUCCGCAGAACCAUCCCCUGGCUGGAGAACCGGAAACCAGAGAAGACCAUGGCUGAGAUGCAGCAGAAACUAGAGGACUUCAGAGACUACCGCCGCGUCCACAAACCACCCAAGGUCCAAGAGAAAUGUCAGCUGGAGAUCAACUUCAACACCCUGCAGACCAAACUCAGACUCAGCAACAGACCUGCCUUCAUGCCGUCGGAGGGACGCAUGGUGUCUGAUAUUAACGGAGCGUGGCACACUCUGGAAGGAGCAGAAAAGGGUUACGAGGAGUGGCUCCUCAGCGAGAUGCGACGUCUGGAGAGACUGGAUCACCUGGCGAUGAAGUUCCGUCAAAAGGCCGCCAUCCAUGAGUGCUGGACCGAGGGUCAAGAGGCCAUGCUGACCCAGAAGGACUACGAGACCGCCUCCCUGUCAGAGGUUAAGGCGUUGCUACGGAAACACGAGGCCUUCGAGAGCGACCUGGCCGCCCAUCAGGACAGAGUGGAGCAGAUCGCCGCCAUCGCGCAGGAGCUCAAUGAGCUGGACUACUACGACUCCCCUAGCGUCAACACUCGCUGUCAGAAGAUCUGCGAGCAGUGGGACAUCCUUGGAUCCCUGACCCAGAAGCGCCGCGAGUCCCUGGAGAGGACAGAAAAGCAGCUGGAGUCGAUAGAUGAGCUGUACCUGGAGUACGCUAAGAGGGCGGCGCCCUUCAACAACUGGAUGGAGGGAGCUAUGGAGGACCUGCAGGACAUGUUCAUCGUCCACAACAUUGAAGAGAUCCAGGGUCUGAUGACAGCCCAUGAUCAGUUCAAGUCCACCCUUCCAGAGGCCAACAAGGAGCGUGAGGCCAUCCAGGCCAUCCAGGCCGAGGUCCAGAAAAUCGCAGAUUAUAACGGCAUCAGACUGAGCGGAACCAACCCCUACACCACCAUCACACCCGAGAGCAUUGACGAGAAAUGGGAAAAGGCGAUGCAACUGGUGCCUCUCCGUGACCAGGCCCUGCAGGAGGAGCUGACCAAGCAGCAGUCCAACGACACCCUGAGAAGCAAGUUCGCCAACCAGGCCAACAUCGUCGGCCCCUGGAUACAGAACAAGAUGGAGGAAAUUGGCAGGAUAUCUAUCGAGAUGAACGGCACUCUGGAGGAUCAGCUGACCAACCUGAAAGACUACGAGCAGAGCAUCAUCGACUACAAACCCAACAUCGACGAUCUGGAGUCGAACCACACGCUCAUCCAGGAGGCCCUCAUCUUCGACAACAAGUACACCGACUACACGAUGGAGCACCUCCGUGUGGGCUGGGAGCAGCUGCUGACCACCAUCGCCAGGACCAUCAACGAGAUCGAGAACCAGAUCCUGACGCGUGACGCCAAGGGCAUCAGCCAGGAGCAGCUCCACGAGUACCGCGCCUCCUUCAACCACUUCGACAAGAAGCGUUCAGGACAGAUGGUGUCAGAUGAUUUCCGGGCUCUGCUCAUUUCGACAGGAAACAGCCUGGUACUGCUGCUGUAGUGAUGCUGAGGGAGGAGGAGGCGUCUGCAGCUCCAAUAACGUCACCUCCACUCAUUAUUAAAACUACAGGACUUUAAGAAUAUUUAUCCUCUUUGCAGUUGAUCUGUUUUUACAGUGACUGAAAUGGAUAAAGUUAAAAUUUGACGUAAAUCCCUGCUAAUCUUAAAUAAAAUAAAGAUAAAAUGUUUUUAAAAAACACAACAAUCAUAAACAUUUUGGUUUGCAAACUAAGAAAAAGUCCUAAAAUACCCUAAAAUAUAAUAUCUAGAACAUUAUUGAACCCUUACAAUGAACUUAAAGGGUUUAAAAAGCUCAAAGUUACCACCUGUACUUGUAACAGCGCCACCUGCUGUUGUGGAGGUGAAAUAAUCAACACAAACCCAGUAGAAAGACUGUAACAUGAUGCAUAUUUUUAGUACUUUUAAGACAUUUUAGUUGUUUCUUUGGCAUCAUGUAUGUGUUUAUUUUAUCUGUGCUCAAAACACUGUACUUUAUCCAUCAUAUUUUUAAUUUGCAAAUCACUUUGUAUUUGUUAGUGAAUUGCAAUUUAUUGAUUAGGUUUUUGCAGAAAUUGUCUCAAUCCAUUUGGUGAUUUUAAAGUAUUCUGUUCACAUUCCUGUUUGGGCUUAAAUCAGCGUUUUUAUUCAGAAACGUUAAUUCUUCUGUUGGACGUAGAACCUGCAGACGCCUCAUUCUCUGCCUGUGUCUUUGCUUCUUGUCUUAUUUUGUCAGAUUUCUGUUUUUCUCUGUUUGUUUUGAGUCUAAUGUGUUCAUAGACUGAGUCACGUGUCCUCAGUGUUUUCUGUUACUAACAGCAGCGUUGGGAAACGUCCAAACUUAGCAAUGAAACAAAAAAUGAUGACUAUACGCAUCUGAAAUUAAAUUAAAUACAACACAAUUAAGUCAAUGGUUGAAAACUAGCAUUUUAUUAUACAGGCCAUAUUAAACUGCUUGAAAUUUAGCUCAAGUUUAGCUUUCAUAACUUUUUGGGUCUGUUUUGUUAUUCCAUGGAAACUGUCUUCAACUUAAACCUUUUUAGACUAAAAACCUCUUUAACACAGGUCUAAAAAAA